UUUGACCAGCUGUCCCAGGCUAACCCUCUGCUCUCUGAAGAUGGAGGAAGUAAAAACAGGAUUACCCUUAGCUACGGCUCCUCCGCCGCCUUAGUCCCCCCACAGCCAACUGCCGUGCACAAACACACCUCCACUGGGCAGAGGGAGCCGACACUAAUAAACACACAAACAAAAGGGGGAUGGAACUGACUCACUGCCUGCGCGGCUGAGUAUGUGCCAUUCCUGAACGAGUUUCCCCGCCGGCUCAUCCCGGGGCUUCCCGGCUCCGCAUGCCCCACCUUGUGUGCCUGCCUACCUGGACUAGGGGGAAGAUAAGCACUGCACUUUGACUAUGGAAGCAGAGGCUGUUGAUGGAUAUAUUACAUGUGACAAUGACUAUUCGCCUGAAAGGGAGCACUGCGGCAUGGCCAUCGACCUCACCUCCAGCACUCCCAAUGGGCAGCACACCUCCCCCUGUCACAUGGCAGGCACAAAUUCAGUAAAGCUAGAAAUGCAAAGUGAUGAGGAAUUUGACAGGAAGCCUCUGAUCCAUGAAGAUAUUAUCAGAGCUCACGAUGGAGGAAGCAGCCUGGAAGAUCCCUUCAUUGGGAGCAACGAGAUGGUGGAUAACAGAAAGAUCCAGGAGCUAUCAAGCGAGGGAGGAAUCCGGCUUCCGAAUGGUAAACUGAAAUGUGACGUCUGUGGCAUGGUUUGCAUUGGGCCCAAUGUGCUAAUGGUACAUAAAAGGAGCCACACUGGUGAACGCCCCUUCCACUGUAACCAAUGUGGAGCUUCUUUUACCCAGAAGGGGAACCUGCUGAGGCACAUCAAGUUGCACUCUGGGGAGAAACCGUUCAAAUGUCCCUUCUGUAGCUACGCCUGCCGGCGGAGGGACGCCCUCACAGGACACCUCAGGACACACUCUGUGGGGAAGCCUCACAAGUGCAACUACUGCGGCCGGAGCUACAAGCAGCGCAGUUCUCUGGAGGAGCACAAGGAACGCUGCCACAACUAUCUGCAGAAUGUCAGUCUGGAGGCUGCUGGGCAGGUCAUGAGUCACCAUGUACCUGCUCUGGAAGAUUGUAAGGAACAAGAGCCUGUGAUGGACAACAAUAUUUCUGUGGUGCCUUUUGAGAGACCUGCUGUUAUAGAGAAGCUGACAAGCAACAUGGGAAAGCGUAAAAGCUCCACCCCACAGAAGUUUGUGGGUGAAAAGUUCAUGAGAUUUGGCUAUCCAGAUAUCCCCUUUGAUAUGAACCUAAGCUAUGACAAGGAGGCUGAGCUGAUGCAGUCUCACAUGAUGGACCAAGCCAUCACCAAUGCAAUCACCUACCUUGGAGCUGAGGCACUUCACCCCCUGAUGCAGCACACACCGAGCACAAUUGCAGAGGUGGCCCCAGUCAUCAGCUCAGCUUACGCUCAGGUCUAUCAUCCCAGCAGGAUAGAGAGGCCCAUCAGCAGGGAAACAGCCGACAGCCACGAGAACAACAUGGAUGGCCCCAUCUCCCUCAUCAGACCAAAGAGUCGAAUCCAGGAUAGAGAGGGCUCCCCCAGCAAUAGCUGCCUGGAUUCUACUGACUCAGACAGCAGCCACGACGACCGCCAGUCCUACCCAGGAAACGCUGCCUUAACCCCCAAGAUAAAGCCAAACCCGGCUUAUGUGAAGGAGGAGGCCAAGCCUUUGGAGGUCACAAAAGCUCCUAAGGGCUCUUUAAAGGAUAUGUACAAGGUGAUCAACGGAGAAGGGGAGCAGAUUAGGGCUUUCAAGUGUGAGCACUGUCGCGUCCUCUUCCUGGACCAUGUCAUGUACACCAUCCACAUGGGCUGCCACGGCUACCGGGACCCGCUGGAGUGCAACAUCUGUGGCUACCGGAGCCAGGACCGCUAUGAGUUCUCGUCGCACAUAGUCCGGGGGGAGCACACAUUCCGCUAGGCCUUCUCAUCCAAAGGGGACUCGUAUGAAGUAGAAGAACUGCACAUGAAGAAAUACUGCACUUACAAUCCCACUUUUCCUCAGACAUUGAGACGCCUAUUUUGUUGUUGUUGCUGUUGUUGUUGUUGCUGUUGUUUAAUUAUUAUUAUUAACCUUAUUUUUUGUGGACCCAACCUCAUUUUCUCUGCCCAGCUUAAGAAUGGAAAGAAGGAAGGGAAUGGAUAAAGGAGGGGUUUGUUACGGCCGUCGGUUUUUGGGGAGUGAUCCGCCUUGCUUUCUGUGGGAAUUGGAAGGCAGUCCGUGUCCGUCUCAGUCAGUUGUACACCAUGUCCUCUUUUGGGAUAUCACUCAACCAUGCCAGGUGCUUUCAAGUCCCAUCAAGAUGCCAUUCAUUUGCAAUUUCAGAGGAAUAGGUAGAAACAUUUCAGAGGAGAGCCUUUUUCUAAUGUGAAGAUCUGGUGCGAACUUUCGGUGGCUGGAGGAAAGGGGGGAACUUUGUCCUGCAGAACGAACAAUUAUUUUUAAAACAAAACUGUUAGGGAGUUAGGAGCAUGAAUCAAAGUCAAUAUUCCUUUCAAAAUCACUUUCAAGGGUGAGCUGUUUUCCUGGGUUCAGUGUCUAUUGCCCCUCUAGAAUGUAAAUAAAUUUAAAAAAAAAAAAAAAAAGAAAAAGAAAAAAAGAAAUGUAUGUCUUAACACUGUACCACAUUACAGCAGUUUAGUUUCAUAAGUCUGAGGGCCUUCUGUGGUAAGUUUGAGGCUUUGUGUUUUUAUUUUCCUUAACUUAUGAAGCACCUUUUUUUUAGAAUUGUUGAUAUUCUGUUACUCCAUGCCUAUGUGUUGUUUCACUGGCUUCUUAGAGACCCUUGGGAGCCUUACUUCUUUAGUUGCACCCUAAGUUUUAAGAAAAAGCAUUUAGAAAUAACAUUUAAACAUGCUGCUAGGACAGUAAGUGGCCUAGGAGUCAGUGAGAGUCUGUAGUUUACUCAAGAGGUUCUGCUGUUCUUCUGAAAUACUUUUGGGUUAAAAUUAUGGAUUUUUUAAAUGACAAAAGUACUAGUAGCAAAGUGUUCUUUAAAUAUAGGUAUAUAUAGAUAUAUAAUUAUGUAAAUACUUUCUCAUUCUACUAUUACAGUGUUAACCUCUUGGCAACAGCCUAAACUAAGACUUGCAGCUGGGAAAGCGUUAGGAGCCAGAUCCUUGGCCAGCAUUUAUCCUCUUGGCUCCAUUGAAUUUAAUGGAGCUGCCCCAACUACUUCAGCUACAUCGUGAUCCCAACCUUGACUGUUUUUUCUCUUGUUGACUUCUUGCUUGCUUAUUUGCUGGAACCACUGAUUUCCUUUUGUUUGUAUGUCAUCAAUUCUGCUUAAUUUAGGGGUGAAAGUAUUAGCAGGUUUUGCUGGAUAGCCUUGGCUAUGCCAGGUUACAUACAACCUUCAGGUCAUAUACAUGUGGCCAACAGGUCAUGUACAUCCUUCCCUGCUUCUUCAGAAAGUGAUAAGUGGAGGUGGAGGUGUUGUGUCUUGAUUUGAACUUAAAGAUUUCAUUUUUACUCCUAUUUUAUUAAUUUUCCUGUAGGGAAAGCAAAUGGAGAAACACACUCCAGAGUGAGUCCUUGACCUAGAGACUGGACAAGAAAACAAGUCCACUGAUCUGUUUUGUUUCCUUUCUUUCUCUCUCAGUAAAUAACAAAGCCAGCAACCACCCAGCAAGUUGCAUCAGUAAAAACUGGGCUUAAACCUACGGGACAGAUUGCCAUUGAAACCCAACUGUUUGUACCAAUCACAAUUGAAAUGUUGUUGUUUGGCAACAAGAGCACAGCUUGAGAAUGGAAAGAUCUGGAUGGGUUUAACCCCCUCCGCACGCACCGUCACCAUGCGCUUGGGGAGACCUUUUCCAAAGGAUAAAGUUACUAAAGUAUAAAAGAGAGAGCAAGAUCAGGCCAUAAUGAAUUCCCAUCUGCUCCCUCCAAUCUGUGCACUUGAUGCAUAUGCCAGUUUGCUGUUCGUUUUGAGGGUACUGGGUUUUUUUCUUCUUCUCUUCCUAGACCUGGAGCAUUUGAAAGUAGGAGCUGAGUGGUAUUGAUUGAAAUCUUUUUAUGGUGACAUUCUUGGCAGCUAGAACCUGUGUUUAGAAAGAAUACAGUAGAUCAUGGCCAGAUUACCUGAUGACUGCUUCCCAGCACUGCAAUGCUAUUAAGUAGGAGCUGGUAAAGUCUUGCAGUAGCCUAUUAAUUAUAAUACAAUAUGGAGAGAGAUGUCAUCUUGUGUAAUGUGAGACCUAUCAAGGCUGGGAAUAUGCAGGCUUUGGAGAGACAGAUUUAAAGAUCUAUUCCCAACAUUGUUCUUAAUGUCGUUGGGUUCCUCCCCCUCCUUCUUUCUUCACCCUAAUGUAGAGGAAACUGGGGCAAAUGAACCAGUGCCAUCCUCUGGACCAUUCUCAUUGUCUUGUGCUUGGUGCAGUCAAAAGAGUUUGUGCAGGAGAAAAGCAGGGAGAUGCUGGAGGGCAUCACUUUUAUUCCAUGUGGCUGGUUCUCUGCAGUCAGGGAGGUGGGCUUAGGAGGCAGGCGGCCUUGCUUUUUGUCAGGAUGUGCCUGGAAAUUCAGAAAAGAAAAAAAAGUGAUUUACUGAGGCAGGAAAGGUCCUUUAAGAACAAGGGUGGAAAGGGAAAGGUUCUUGGGCCUUGAGGGUUGCUUGGGCCGUCAGAAAAACACAUGCCCAAGCAAGAGAGAAAGGUUGCCGGCAAAUCCUUUCAGUCUCUGGGGGAAACACUCUGUUCUCCCCUCUGUGGUCAGUGAAAGAGCACUGGGCUGUGGUUUCUUGGAAUAGUUAGCACUGGGGAAAAAGAGUAUAAAAUGUCUGCCUUUGUUUGGGAAAGCACCGGAAUACGGGAAAGGUAGAGAAUCUCUUGUGUAUCCACACAUCAGUUGGCUGCAAUUACAUCUGCAGUUUGUUAGUGUGCACUUUGGUUCACUGAUGAUACCUCCAGUAGGGUGUGUUCUGUAAAGGAUCAGAUGGGAAGGCCCACUGAUUUUGGACCUGGCUUCAGUUAAGUCCAGCUUCUUGAUCUAAUGGUAGCAGGUGAGAUCAGUGUGUCCUGGUCUCACAGGCACAGGGAACUGGGGAGGCACUGGGCAGUUACCUUACAGAAAUUACAUUUUUUGCAGAGGAAGAAACUUGAGGUGUCACAUUAAUUUCUUAUUAUCAAUGUCCUUUUCUAAACAUUCACUGAAGACUUUUAUUCUAGAGUUAGGAAAAUAAGAAAGAUUAAAUUCUAGUUCAAAUUUUGAACAAAAUUUUGAAUUAACAUGUACUUUAGAAUUCAAUUCCUGCUGAAAAUUAUUAGAGAGCUUUAUGUAAUGCAGUUUGUCCCUUCACAAAAGUGAACAAAAUGGGGUAGCAGAGAUUUCUUUGAGUGUUUUUUCUUGCUUGCUCUCUGCAAGAAUUGGAUUUCUAAGAAAAGCUCUUGAGUUUCAUCAAGUUCAUUAGUCAUUCACAGUGUACUAGGAAUUUCAGUAGCUAAUCCUUGGCCUCCAAAUCCGUUUGUUCUUAGUAUUUGGUGCUGGAAAUUGAACCUGGCUGAUUUUUAUUGGACUCUUUUGAAAUUCUUGGAAUCGGGUUUCCGGUUAGAAACAUGCAUUUGCAAAUUUAGAAUUGGCUUUCUGUAAGCAUUCCCCAUUUUCAUUUAAAAAAAAAAAAGAAAUUCUGUGCACUUCUCUGCCAGUAAACCCUUUUGCUUCUUUUACAUCAAAAAUGGCAAUAUUCUGACUCAGUUUAGAGGAUUAAAAGCCUAUUAAUUUAAAGAGAAGUGUGACUGCUUAUUCUGCUCUUGGUGUGAUCCAUAUCCUUGGAGCAAAGGGCAUUAUCUAUAUAUCUGCAGCUAUGACAGAUGAAUUUUACAGUCACCUCUCUUUGUAAUCAGUUGGGAGUGCACAUCAAAAUAUAUUGCAUUUUUCAGUAAAGCCCACUUUUUAUUGAAUAACUUAUGGGAUUAAAAUAAUUUUAUUCUCCUUAAAAAGUGCUUUCAUCUGUGAUGUGAUGUGAAAGGUGUCUAGGCAUUAACCUGUAGUGGUCUGUAGUAGAGAGGAAGAUUUUAAAUGGGUGAAUUGGCCUGAUUUUUAGUGGUACUGGUUUCUACAAUGUGAGAACCCAGCUCACAAAGUAGCCAUGUGAACCUAAAGUAUGUUUACCACAAGGUGAAGAAAUUCUCAAUUGUCACAGUUUCCAGAUUUCUUUCUGUUUUACAAGGGCUUCCCUGAAUUUGUGCUGUAAGGCAGGAGGUGUAGGUUGGAUAUUAGAAAAAAGAUUUUUACAGAAAGGAUGAUAAAGUUUUGGAAUAGUCUGCCUGGGGAGGUGGUGGAGUCACCAUCCCUGGAUGUGUUUUUAAAAAGACUGGAUGUGGCACUCGGUGCCAUGGUUUAGUUGAGGCUCUAGGGCUGGGUUGGACUCGAUCUUGGAGAGGUUUCUUCCAACCCAGUGAUUCUGUGUGAUUCUGUGACAUCAGUAAUGGAACCCAACCCUUCAAAACUAGGCUUUCAUGGGGCAUUAAUACUGCCCAGGUCCUGGGCUAGCUUGUUCUGAUGUAAAAGAAGCCAGACAACAGAUGCUCCUUCCUCCAGAAAGAAAUUUUGGAGGUAAUUGCAGCAAAGGUGCUUAUUUCAGCCAAGGGCAGGAGCUACAUAAUGCAGUUCCUUCGCUGGAUAAAUUCCUUUCCUUAACUCUUGCUGUGCUUUAUAAUGGAAUGAGGGGGGAGGAGGGAGGCUGCCAGAGUUACCUAAAGUCAGUGUGGGAUUUUAGGAAAAGGGUGAUGAGAUUGGCUUUUCUGCUAGCAAUUCACAUUUUAGCUUGGCUUAAUAGCAUUUAAAAACAAAAAUGGAUGGCCUGUGGUCUGGGGCAGCUGGAGAGCUUGAGAAAGUAUAUUUAUAUAUAUAUGGUAUUGUGUAGUUAGAUAUAUGCUUAAUUGUAUAUGUGCCUUUUCCAAAUGCAUUUUGGGAGAUCCUGAUGUCGUUUGUGAUAUCCUACCAGACCCUUUCAGAAUGCACAACAAAAACCAACCCAAAGGAAACAUCCCUUCUCCUGCUCUGCACCCUCCUGGGCAGCUUGACCCGAAGAGAGGACCCUGUUGGGUACUUUGCUGUGAGAUUUCCUGGAGUUAGAUGGCUUUUAGGAGUGGGAAGGGCUGAAAAUGACCCUAGCAAAGUGCAUUCCAGCUAUCCAGCCAGAGCUGGUCUGUAGCUGGUCCCAGGGAACACGGCAUCCCCAGCGCAAUGCCAGGACUUGCCGUGGGAGCCCCCAGCUGUGCCGUGCCCUACAGAGAGCCAGGGAAGCGGCUCCUGUUUCCUCCCUCUCAGAGCUUUAAGUACAGCACCCUUGGAAGUGGACUUUGCUCUGCUUUAAAGCUCCCCCUUAGGACUGGGAGCAGACUUUAAAGCACUUGCUUCAGCCUGGAAAAAGAAAUGUGGCGAGUCCUUUGGAAGCGGUUUGCAAGUUUUCCCGUCACGCUGCUGCCACGCCAGGAAUUGGUAUAGAGGCGAGAGAAGCUCAUCAGCAGGAGGUGUUCAGGGGGUUCAUGAGCUGGAGCACUGCAGAGACGAGCACAGUGCUGGUUCUGGGACUUUCCCAGCGGGUUGGUGACCUGGUUUCAGGUGCAGUUGUUCCCCCUGCAGGGCUGCAGAGCCAAGUGUGCCGGCACAGCCAAGGCAGAUGGGCCACCGUGGACAAGGUGGCUGGGCCAGCAAGCUUUGGGCAGACCCAGAGCCACACCCUUGGCACUGCUCUGCUGGGCCCAGGCCACAGCAGCCAAAGAGGGGUGGUGAGGGGAGCAAUUAGGUAGAAAAUAGCUAGAAUUUGCUUCCUAAGGAAUAGAUUCCCUUCUAUCCCAUUCAUGUGUUCUGAGAUACAAGCAAAGGAGAACAUCACUGGUUCCCAAUUUGGUUUCUAAUUUGACCUUCUACAACCCCACCUGAAAGGGUGGGUUAUGUCCUUCUCCUACCUGGCUCUGAAACAUGCAGAGGACAGUCAGGAGGAGGGGUGGGCUCAGGCUUUGCAGUACUGCAUGCUUAAGAGGCCAGGAAAACAAUAAAACCAGUCUUUGUUUAAGUCACCUACCUUCCCAGUUGAUCAUGCAGAUUCCUAGUUCCUGUUUGCUUCCAGCCUUUGGACAGGUGGUUAUCAGUGUGCUCACUUGGGUCCUCAUCUUUGAAGAUAGCUUUCCAUGCUAUCUCCUUCUGUACAAACUUCUCCUUUUCAUCUUGGGGCCUAAUUAAUCAGUGGACAGAAAUGACCAUUUCAACAGAAACCUGCAUAGUUGUAGUAAAACUAAUAUUUUUUUACAGUUGCAAAAAAAACCAACAAAACAAAACAACAAAAAAACAAACCUGUGAUGUUUUGACUAGCAGUAUGUGAAGUAUUUCAACAGAGUGAAUGACAAUGAAGAUAAUCAGAUCAUGUCUUGAGAGGGGCUGGUACCACAUGGACCCUGCUGGGAGAAAAGGGAGCAGCCUGGCCCAAAGCUGUGGCCAGUGCUUCCUUCCCACAGCUCGUGUUGGUUUAGGCGACCACACUGCAGCCCAGGAAAACAUUUGAGCAUCAUCAGCCUCGUGCCAUCCCUUUGGCUGGAUGUGGAAGCUCACAGGAGCUCUGGAGCUGUGUGUGUGUUUGAUCACUCCCAUCACCUGUGAGAUCAGGGUGCAGCACAGCAGCUCUGGGCAGCCGCAGCGCUGAAGGCGCGUUCCCUUUCUCCGUGUAGCAGCCUUAAUCCCUGGCCCUCGGCGGUACCUGGGUACCACAGCCUCUGCUCUGUGCCACCAGGCUGGAGACAGGAUGGGCACCUCCCGUGGGGACUGGGGGGAGCACAGUGGGGCCACUUUGCAGUAAAUUGGGCCAUUUAGUUUUACCUCAAGUGACAUCGAGUAAGAAAAGCUUCUUGCAGGGGUGGAGGUCACUGAAUCCCUACUAUGCACUAACUGGGAUUUGACAUUGCUUACUGGAAAUGGAUGUUCAUUCCUGAACACACUGUAACAAGGGAAGGACUUUUUUUGGUUGUUUUUGUAGUCAUUCGGAUUCUGAAACUGUGAUCAAUUAUUUGACGAAUUGUCAAGUGUCCUCAGAGCUUGAACAUGUUCACUUCCUCACCAUGUAGCAGUCUCCUCUGGCUUUCUGUGCUUUCCUCUUUCCCCUUUUUCCUUCUUGGAGCUUUAAGUCUGGGCCUGCUCUUAUCUCCUGUAGCUUUGGGCUGUCUAGGGGGUUUGGGGGGGGGGGGGGAUGGUUUUUGGGUUUU